CGGGGCACAAGAAUUUGUUGUUCCCGGGACAAAGACGAACCUAAUGCAAACAAUUUUAGCAACAGUCCAUGCAUAUCCAACAGAGUUGCUUACUCAAUUUUACAAAAGCUACAAAAAGAGAAGCCAAGACUAAUUUCCCAUUAAUAUAAUUCUAUUAUCAGCUGUCAAGUAGCUGCUCUUCAGAUAUCUGUGACGCCAUUCCCUUGACAGGCCUCUGAUCUGAUCGGGGAAGGGAUUCGAUGCUGAGAGAAAUUAAGAUGGCCACAACCUUUUUCUUUCUAUUGCACAAAGCUAAUUUGCUUGAGCAACGUCGACUUCUUCAGGUGAGAGGUUAUGUUCGAUGAUAAAAUCGAUCGAGGAGCCUAAUAUAGGGUACUUAUUCUGCAGGUCUGAUCAUGGGGAUUCGAUGUUUGUAUUCAUUGAAUUUGUUUGCGAGCAGAGGUCAUGCCGUCCUAGUCCUGAUCCAAAGAUCCACAACUACUUGAACGGUGCAAAGUAAACUACCUUGGGUCAAUAUGGCAAUUCCGAAGUCGAAUGUAGAAGACAAAGUUUAGCGCACGAUUCGCCCGAGGACGAUUUUACCAUCGCUGGCACAAGGAAACGAAAAAAACAGCCAAAACUCACUCGACUUCUCAGUCACGCCUCAACUAUUUAUAUACAAAUCGCUCAAAUUCACACGGAGUCUGCACCAAAUGUACAAAUACACGUAUGACGGAAGGCAAAAGGUUAAUUAUUGUGCUGCCAUCAAUGAUGAUGAUUGUGGUGUUGCUAUGCACAAUAUUUGAAGGCAGUUUGGCCACCUCCUCUGUUGUCUUUUCUUUGAGCGGGAAUGCUUAUCCUAAAGGGGCCUACUUCGUGGACAUCCGUAUAGGAAACCAGGCCAAGCCAUUUGAGCUUCACGUUGAUACUGGUAGUAGCCUCACUUGGGUCAAGUGCGUAGCACCUUUCGAGAGUUCCACUCAGCCCCAAGAAGGUCUAUACAAGCCACCAAAACAAAGCAUUGUGCAAUGUCAGGAUCCCUUAUGUGCUGCUGUUCAAGGAAAGAAAUAUGAUUGUGAAAACCCAACUGAUCGAUGCGACUAUGUUUUUAAAUAUGAUGAUGACAGUUUAGCUUAUGGUUAUCUAGUCAAAGAUCAUUUUCAUCUACGACUUUUCAAUGGCCAUGCCACUCGUGCACCUUUGGUAUUCGGGUGUGGUUACAAACAAACGGGAGAUUUUGAUGGGGCUGGAAUUUUUGGUCUAAGUAGGGGUUCGCUCGGCUUCUUGUCGCAAAUGCAUUCACAGGGUCUAACACAAGAAGUGAUUGGUCACUGUUUCAAUAGUAGAGGAGGUGGCUUUUUAUACAUUGGAGACGAUCUUGUGAAUCCUUUAGAAGUCUCUUGGACGCCUAUCACAAGCACAAGCAAUCAUGGACAGGACUACGGAUCAGAACCAGUGGAGCUCUUGUUUGAUGGAAGUUCAACUCAAGUAAGAGGACUUCAAUUCGUUUUUGAUAGUGGAUCCGGCUUAUCCUACUUAAACCAACAACCCUACCAAGACACACUUGAUCUGAUUAGUGAUGCCUUGGAAGGAACGCCAUUGAUUCGUACACAACCGAUGACCAUCUUUUCUAUUUGUUGGAAACACAAUCAAAAUGCUAUUAGAUCCUUUGAUGAUGUUAACAACUACUUCAAGAGUCUGACCUUGAACUUCACAAAUGUACCAAACGUUAAGCUGAAUUUACCAGUCCAAGAUUAUCUCACACUUGUUGGAGUAAGUGGUAUAUUUUCAAUACAAAACUAAUUUCUACCUUCAAUAAAUCGUACGAAACAUCUUUCCCUGUAGGGAAACGUGUGCUUGGCGAUUUUAGAUUGUGGCCCGGAAGAUGUAGAAAAUCCGAAUAUAAUCGGAGGUAAGAGAUACUAGCAACAUAAAAGAGUUGACAAAGGAAAUUAUUUUUUCA